AAAUAAGCAGUCAGUUUGCGACGUCAAUGAAGUCACCAUGGUUUUGUCGGCCGCAGAAUUGGAAGCAGCUAGCACUUGUAAAUUAAUUAACGGCGAUAAAGCUAAAAUAUUAUCACUGUUGCACCUGAGGCAGAAUACCGACAGUUUUCUUAUUCAAUGUCUUGCUGACCGUGAAAUUCAAACAUUAAUUUACGUUGAUGAGAACGUGUCCUCGAAAUCAGCUUAUCGUUACAACUGUGCCGUAGUUCACAAUCCCCAUGCCUGCGUUCAUUUGGAUGCUGUUAAUGGUCACGGUUGGAAUGAGAAGAAAAAUCAACCUUAUGAUCCGAAGUUGAAUUUGGGCAAAAUUUUUGCUCAGCAGCAUUCUAACCGUAAACUGGAUAAGUCAGCUAGAAGCAAUCACGAAAAGAAGCAGCAACAAAUUGACCAAUUAGAAGAAACCAUACGAAUUCUUCAAGAGGAAAACACUAAAAUGAAACAGAAUUACCUUAGCCGUUUAACACAACUUAACAGCGCAAUUGAGAACUUCAGUGAUAGUAACAUGAAACCAAACAGUCAACAGGUAAAUCAGCUCCAGCAAAAGAUACAGUUGCUGAAUUCGGAUUUGCAGUCCCAGACGGCGGCAGUACGACUACUCAGAGAUGAAAAGGCUAGUUUGCAAACUGUGAUUAAUAACUUACGAGUCAUGUCACUUUCCAAGAACAAUACGAACGUAUCUGAUAACAAGCGGACUGAUCAACUUGAGCAACAGUUAAAUGCGAUGAGAUUGGACUUGCAGCGCCAAAAUGACUUAGUCAGUUCAUUGACCGAACAGAAUUCUAAUUUGCUAUCUGCGGUUAUGGAACCUCAAGCUAGGAUACAUUCCCAACGCGUUUAUUCCCAAUCCUCCAGGACAAACAAUGAGCAGCAAGGCUGCUGCAUUAUCAUGUAAAGAGAGUACGAUUAGGACACGUAUAUUGCCAAAAACGAUAGGAUGUGGUACGUUUUGCUGUCCGAUGGUGAUGCUGCAACCAUAUCAACCAACUGUUUUUUCCCCGUAUUUCGUAAUUAAUGCUACUGAGAUU